GGGUUGGGUUCUCCGGUGAUGCAACGCAACGGAGUCAACCAGCGGUCUAUUGUCUCUGUGUGUGUUGGAUGUGUUUAGGGCUCACGGCGGGGAAAAUACACUUUAUUUCGGGGCUUUGACCAAACCCCGGCCGCCUGCCGCUGCGGUACGGUCUCCCCUUUGUCCCCACGGCCCGGGCACCUUGUCCAUAAACCCGCCGCGGGGCUCGGAUUCACGCGACACCGUGCGUGCUGAGGGCGACCGGCGGUGCGGUGCUGCAGUGUGUGUAUGCGCCGCUGGGUGGGUGCGUGUCCGCAACCACCGACUCCGCUGCUCCCCCCUUCCAUAGAAAAGAAGAGAGGGAGAGAGAGAGAGAGAGAGAGAGCGAGAGGGGAGGAAGGACGCCGCCAUUAUUGGAAAGCUGGGGGAAAACACAUUUACACACACACACAAGCAGUGAUCGAUCGAUCGGUUGAUCAGGACAUGUGCGUGAUGGUUGCCGUGGGCCUCUUUCGCACAAAACGCAUCUGUGAUCGGGACCACGUCUCCGUGUGUGCGAGCCGGGCCGAGCCUGCAUUAUGUUGCCACAACAAUGGACUAAAUAAGCAGUGAGACGCAACGUGGUGGUGGACCGCGUACAGGACAGCGAUCCCGGUUUUGAACCAGAGUAUUCCUCCCUGAGGAAACAUCGCCAGAACAACACUGGAUCCCUCGAUCUAACACAGCGGAUUUAUUCCAGCUUUCCUCGCUUUUCAUCUCACAGGACAUGCCCGGGCUAGACCAGGACGCAGACUUGACUAAAGGAGGUCUAAUCCAAGAAGCGCCCGCUGGAUCACACUGAGAUAUUCUGAUUCGCGGCUCCAGACUCUGCGUGUGUGUGUGUGUGUUAGCGUUUGUGUGUAUGUCCGUGCACACAGGGCGCAAGGGCUGCGGCAGUAGCUGACAGAUGCAGGAGAGAACGGGGAGAAUGCGACGGGUCAGAGCAACAUAAGAAGUGAAGGAAAGCUGUCUCGACAGCCCAGUUUCAGUCCACAGCAAACCAGAACCAUAAGGGACACGCAUCACUCCAACCCCCCUUUCCGGAUCACCUCGGUGGGCCAAGUGCAGACACCCGGACGCCGUCUGAGCGAACCCCCUGAUACAGCGUGCCGGGUUACGGCAGGAUGACACCCAGCAGCAGACGAUGAUGAUGAUGGCGAAGAAGCAGGAUGUGCGGGCGCCCAUCUACAACCUGGUGGCGGUGGGCCUGUCGGGCACGGAGAAGGAGAAGGGCCAGUGCGGCGUGGGGAAGUCCUGCCUCUGCAACCGCUUUGUCCGCCCCAGCGCCGACCACUUCUACCUGGACCACACCUCCGUGCUGAGCACCAGCGACUUCGGCGGCCGCGUGGUGAACAACGACCACUUCCUGUUCUGGGGCGAGGUGGCCCGGGCGGUGGAGGAAGGGCCCGAGUGCCGGAUGCACGUGGUGGAGCAGACGGAGUUCAUCGACGACCAGACCUUCCAGCCGCACCGCAGCACGGCCAUGCAGCCCUACAUCAAGCGGGCGGCCGGGACCAAGCUGGCCUCAGCCGAGAAGCUGAUGUACUUCUGCACCGACCAGCUGGGCCUGGAGCAGGACUUUGAGCAGAAGCAGAUGCCCGAAGGGAAGCUGCAGGUAGACGGCUUCCUGCUGUGCGUGGACGUCAGCCGGGGGAUGAACCGCAACUUUGAUGACCAGCUGAAGUUCGUCAGUAACCUGUACAGUCAGCUCAGCAAGACCAAGAAGCCCAUGGUGCUGGUCCUCACCAAGUGCGACGAAGGAGUGGAACGGUACAUCAAGGAUUCUCACACGUUCGCCAUCACCAAGAAGAGUCUGCCCGUGGUUGAGACGUCCGCUCGCUCCAACAUCAACGUCGACCUGGCCUUCCUGACCCUGGUGCAGCUGAUAGACAAGGGCAGGGGCAAGCCCAAGAUCAUCCCCUACUUCGAGGCCCUGAAGCUCCAGAGUCAACAGAUCGCGUCCGCUAAGGAUCGCUACGAAUGGCUGGUGAACCGCAUCGUGAAGAACCACAACGAGACCUGGCUGAACACCAGCCGACGCAUGAACUCCUCCGCCGAGUACAAGGAAUACGUGUUCCUGGAGGGAACAGCCAAGUGUAAAAAGCUCUUUCAACAGCACGUGUACCGCCUGAAGCAGGAGCACAUAGAGCGGCGCCGUAAAACCUACUUAAGCACUCUUCCCUUAGCACUUAGCUCCCUUGUGCCGGACCUGGAUGAGAUCGACCAGCUCAGCUGGUCGGGCGUCCAGAAGGUUCUGGAGUCCAAGCAGCACUUUUCCCACUGGUUCGUGGUCCUUGAAGACUCCCCCUGGGAGGACACGCCCCACAUCGACAACAUGGAGGACGAGCGGAUCCCCUCGGACCUCCUGGAGACCGCGCCCGCUGAGAACAUCUUCGACGCCCACCUGGAACACCUGCGCAACGAGUGCAGGAGGGCGGAGAUCCGACACGAGUUCAAGCAGAAGUUGGCCUCCUCGCCCUUCGUCACGCCCGGGAAGCCCUGGGAGGAGGCCCGCAGCUUCAUCAUGAACGAGGAGUUCUACCAGUGGCUGGAGGAGUCGGAGUACCUGGACCUCUACAACCGCCACCAGAAGGAGACCAUCGACCACGCCAAGGAGGACUUCCAGGAGCUGCUGCUGGAGUACUCUGAGCUCUUCUACGAGCUCGAAGUGGACGCCAAGCCAAGUAAGGAGAAAAUGGGGGCCAUACAGGAGGUCCUGGGGGAGGAGGUGAGGUUCAAGGCCCUGCAGAAGCUCCCGGCUGAGAGGGAUGCGCUGGUGUUGAAGCACAUCCACUUUGUCUACCACCCCACCAAGGAGACGUGUCCCAGCAGCCCCCUGUGCGGAGACUUCAAGAUGGAGCAGCUUCUCGUCUCCCGCUUCCCCUCCUGCUACCCCUUCUUUGACAUGAGGGCUCACUUCAGCGAAGGCAAAGCCGACCGCAUCAACCUGGUGAUCCUGGGGAAGGACGGACUGGCCAGGGAGUUCGCCAACGAGAUACGGGCGCUGUGCACCAACGACGACCGCUACGUGCUGGACGGUAAGAUCUACGAGCUGACGCUGCGGCCCAUCGAGGGAAACGUGCGCCUUCCCGUCAACUCCUUCCACACGCCCACCUUCGCCCCACACGGCUGCUUGUGUCUGUACAACUCCAAGGAGUCCCUGACCUACGUGGUGGAGAGCCUGGAGCGGCUGAGGGAGUCCACGCUGGGCCGCAGGGACAGCCAGCUCGCUCAGCUGUCCACGUCCCUCCUGCUGGUCACCAAGAGGGGCUUGGGGUCGUACGCGGACAUCGGCGGGGAAACGGCCUUGAACCUGAUCACGCAGGGCCAGCAGGUCUCCCGGAGGCUGCAGUGUAGCUUCCUGGACCCCGCCUCCCCGGGCGUGGGCUACGGGCACAACGUGAACGAGAUGCAGAUCAACCAGGUGCUCCGGGGCCUGCUGGACCUCAGGAGGAGCUCGUCCUUCAGUAGCAGCUCCCCCCCGCUCCUCCCCGAGCCCCAGGGUCUCCGGGACUCCCCCCACCAGUCCAGUCCAGAGGCCGACAUCCGCAUCGUCAUGUGCCUGAUGUGUGGGGACGCGUACGACAUCGAGCAGCUGCUCUCCCCCUUCCUCAUGCCCCCGCACUGCAGACCUCUGUCCAGCAGCGGCACGUCGGUCAUGCUGGAGCAGACGCUGGGAGGACACAAGCUGCUGAUAGAGCUGUCCCUGCUCUCCUACCACGCCUCCUUCUCCUUGCGCAAGAGCCGGCUGGUGCACGGCUACAUCGCCGCCUACUCCGUCUCCAGGAAGGCCUCCCUGGAGACUCUGUGUGCCUUCCUGUGCGAGGUGCAGGACAUCAUCCCCGUCCAGCUGCUGGCGGUGGGAGACAGCCAGGCGGAGCUUAGCGACAGCGACUACGCCCGCGACCAGCUCAUCCAGGGCGAGGAGCUGGCCCACGAGAUCGAGGGGCGAUUCAACAGCGUGGUGUGUGGAUCGGGAGGGGUGCCGGGGGGCCUGCACCGGAUCGAGAUGUUUCACCCGUUCCUGUCGGAGGUGGCGGAGAAGCGCAACAUCGUGGAGGCCACCCACAUGUACGACAACAUGGCGGACUCUUGCCCCACCGAGGUGGUGUACUCCCCCCGCUGCAGCUCCCCCAGCCCGGUCACCAUGUUCCUGGACUCCGAGGACGACGUGGACCCCUCCCCCCCGUACUACGACGGGACCAUGGCCUCCCACGGGGGCGGGUACAACCUGCCGGACCUGGACUCCAGCGACAUCUCCGUCAUCUCUGAAAUCAGCUCCUUCGAGAGCCGGCUGAACCACAAGGUCUCCACCCAGUCGAGGGCGAAGCCCACCGUCACUUUCGACUUCAGGAAGAUCGCCCGCAACCCGUACGGCGACACGGUGGGCCACCGUCGCUCGCUGCCCUCCGCCGUGACCUGGGUGCCCGGGGGGGGCGACAGCUACGACCCGUCGGACUACGCCGAGCCCGUGGACGCCGUCUCAAAGCCUCGCCCCAGCAACGAGGAGAUCAUCUACUCGGUGCCGCACGACAGCACGCAGGGCAAGAUCAUCACCAUCCGCAACUCAAACCGCACGCACUCCAACGGAAACGGCUCGGACAGCGACGCCGACUCCGGCUCGCUGGAGCGCCGCAGGAAGUUCUCGGCGGUGGGGGUGAAGCCCCGCCUCUACCGCGACCGCUCCAAGCGCCUGGGAAAGUUCAGCAGCUUCCGGAGCAGCUUCAUUGGCAGCGAUGAUGAAGUCGGAGCGCUGGCCAAGUCCAAGGAGGACGACUACGGCACACUGAAGGGAGAGAGCCUUGUGGAGGAGAGCGAGGACCCCAAGAAGAGGAACAUCCUCAAGAGCCUGCGCAGGACCGCCAAGAAGUCGCGAGCGAAGCCCCGCCCUGCGAUCCCCAAGCCGCUAGAAAGCAGCUACUUCGGGGUCCCGCUGAUCAGCGUGGUGUCCCCGGACCGCCCCAUCCCCCUGUUCAUCGAGAAGUGUGUCCGCUACAUCGAGACCACCGGUUUGAGUACAGAGGGUCUGUACCGGGUCAGUGGGAACAAGUCUGAGAUGGAGAGCAUGCAGAGACAGUUUGACCAGGACCACGGCCUGGACCUGGUGGAGAAGGACUAUGCCAUCAACACGGUGGCCGGAGGCCUGAAGAGCUUCUUCUCUGAGCUGCCCGAGCCGCUCGUUCCCUGCCCCCUCCAGGUGGACCUGCUGGACGCCUUCAAGCUCAUGGACCGCGAGCAGAGGCUCUACACCAUGAAGGACGUGUUGAGGCGGUUCCCCCGUGAGAACUACGAGCUCUUCAAAUACGUCUCCACCCAUCUGCACAAGGUGAGCCAGCUGAGCCGGGUCAACCUGAUGACCAGUGAGAACCUGUCCAUCUGCUUCUGGCCCACCCUGAUGCGGCCCGACUUCACCACCAUGGACGCCCUGACGGCCACCCGCACCUACCAGACCAUCAUCGAGUGCUUCAUCCACCAGUGUGCUUUCUUCUUCUACAAUCAGCCCCUCCUGGACUCCCCCACGGGCCUGGGGGGGCUCCCCGCCUCCCCCACCACCACGCUGACGGGGGGAGGCUCCGCCUACUCCUGCUACCGCUCCUCCCCCCCACACAACCCCGCCCACUUCAGCCCGCUGCAGCAGUCUCCGCCCACCACCCCCCAGUCCCCCCUGCAGUCCCUGCUGCCCCCACUGCACCAACACCCGCACCACCACCACCCACCCCCUGCCGAGCAGGAGACCCUGUGAGGAGGAGGGGGGGAGACCGCAAACCA